AUGACUUCUGAGCUCAGUGAAAUGAUGAAGUCCGAUAUCAAAGACCAAAAUUUAGUUGUCGAAUAUUCGAAAGCCAAGAAGCAAAAUGCUCAAACCUGUUUGAGCAGUCCAUUCACCUUCCGUUUAUGGCAAAUUCUCGUCUUUCUCUUUAUCACGGCGAUCAUUAUCACUGUCGUAGGAAUUGUGACGGCUAGGUUUGGCCCCAGAAGUGAAUGCCUCAACAGCAAUAAAACAAGCGGUGUUCCCUCAACAACCAAGCAGAAUAGAGGUAACCUAACUUUCUUUGGCGUUUAGAUACUUAGUAAGUAUUCCAAAAUGUUUUCUACAAAUGGAAUUUGUAAACAAUUUUAUACAUUCCUUGUUUUGUUUGAGUGAUCAUCACAGCAGCCCAGCCAGUGUGUGUCAAUAACAUAUACGAUCAUAUACAUUACAGAUCACCAGUAGCGGAGAAGUCAAAAUGUUGCAAAACAAAGCUUAGUGUAUACAUACCUUUAACUGAACGUCUUGUUAGUCCUGGCCGGUUUAAUUGGCAUUUUGGCGAGUUUUGCACUUUGAGGUACUUCAUUUUCGUAUUUAGUGGAUAAUAGCGGUAAAUAAGGUUUUUGGAAUUACAGUUUAAGGGGUCAUGUGUACGUCGUUUCUCUUUGGUGGAGGUGAAGGCGUAGUUGGAUUGGCCUUGCUUUUAAAACGAACAGCUAAGGCAGCGUGGAUGAUUGCAUUUUGAAACGACAGAAACUACAGAUCUUUUUCCCCCGCCAAAAGUUGGAAGUGACAUUCGAGCGAACUACACUGACUGUCAGCUCUCGUGAUUCCGACGAUCCGAAGAUGUCACAAAUUAUAUUUACUUUCUUAUUUUUUAUCUAUCUUACAUAUUUAUCUUCAACAUUUAUUCAUCUUAUUUAUUUAUUUAUCUCUUAUUUUCCGCCAUCCGCCAUCCGCUAUCCGCCAUCCGCCGUCCACCGUCCACCGUACGCCAUCCUCCGUCCGCCAUCCUCCGUCCGCCAUCCUCCGUCCGCCGUCCGCCGUCCGCCGUGCGCCGUCCACCGUCCGCCGUCCGCCGUCCGUUUCCUGCUCGUUUUACAGGGUCCUGCGAAUUGGCGGAUUUUUCUUCAUUGAAGGCUAUUCUUCUAGGAAGUGUCAUUCUUAAAUCAGAAUAUAAAAAAGUUUAUCAAAAGGAGAUUAACAGAACGUGGAAUGCUGUUAUCCGAACGCGCCAGCCUUGUGCUUUCGUGAGAGUGGCUUCUGUCGAAGAUGUGGCCAACACUGUUAAGUUUUGCGUACACAACAAGGUAGGGUAAGCAGGGGUUCACUGGUAACGCAUUAACUUGAAAUCCAGCUACGCUCUUAUUACAACAAAAGACAAAAAGGCAGCUGUAUUUAAUUGGCCAAUUAUCCCAUUAUUGUGUUCAUGAUCUACCUUGGUUAGGUCUUUAAAAUUAUUGGAGGUUUGCUCAUUGCAAUAAACAGCAUAAAGGUGGCUCAGGUUCUUCUGAAACAUGUCUCGUGAGUCAUAAUAAAUAUGUGACUAGUCUGUUUCUAUAAAGGUGAUCUACACGUACAGCUGCUAAAUGAUCUGUGACCCUCUAUUGUUCCAUACUAACAAAAUGUGUCAUGAUUCAAUUAUACGUCAACUCUAAAUAAUAUUAUAACUGCAUAAUGCUUUUAACAUAUAGAUUUAGCCAAGGCUAAAAAUUUAUGGCGAAGUUCUCGCGCGCGCGAAGCGCGCACAGCGGAGCACCAUGGGUAAGAAAAUAUGGUAAUCUAUGCUUCCGAGAAAUUUUGGUUCUGAGAAAAUCGUCCGUACGGAGUACGUCCGUACGUACGUCCACCCCCUCAUGUUAGCGGUUGCGAAAUGGCACACUUUAAUACUAUCUGUGUAAAACUUGGUAUUGGACAUUCAUGUUGUGAUCAAUUGACAGCUGUUAAAAAGGUAUCCGCUGACCAGUGUCACAUGACUGCAUCGCGGGCUCAGGUAUACAACUCAUGGAAGUGAUGUAAUUUUUUAAAGUUACCCGCUGACCACUUGUUCCUUUUUAAUUCAUCGCGGGAUCAGAGUUCAGUUUGCUCUCUGCUUACGGCCAAAAUAUAAUUAAUUGAGAAAGACAUUUCCUAAAGCAUCCUUCGAGAGAUACGCUUUUGGCCUUGGCUAAAUCUGUAUAUCAUUAUUUAAUUACUUAAACCAAAAAAUUAAAACAAAUAAGUUUUAAGCUAUGCAAAUCUAGAAGUUUAUACUUAACUGAUCUUAAAACAAAAAGAGAAAAGUAUAAAUCAAAUUCGAUCACAGUUAUAGUCUUGGAAAAGAAUUCUUGCCGAUACGCGUGCAUCGCUAACUGGGAAUUGGGCACUAGGAAGCUUAUGUUUGGUGCUCACUCAGGCAAAUUAUUACAUUGCUCUGUAUGCCCAAGCUAUAUAACCUGUACUGUAAGUUAUACUUUUUGUUUCUUCUGCCGAAAAGACCCAGGAAGGUUGAUAACUAUAUUUCAUUUCUCCCUGCUAUUCUGUAAAAUAACUGUUAGAAGGAGAAAAUAUUGCUUAGAAAUUUCCAAAGCUUGAGAAAAGCUAAAAAAUUCUUGAUAACCGUUCCAUUCGUCUAAAAUAUUCGGAGGUUUUCUAAUAGGUUAACUACGAUUUUCGGAGGUUGUGUUUUCACAUUUUGAUAUCAAGAUAUUGUGAUUAUUGUUAAAAAAAGGUCUCCUAAAACUUUCGGUGUAAAGACAAAACGUCCCGUAUAAUUUUCUAUGAAAGCAAGGCUACUUCAUGUCCUCGAACUUUCGCGCGGUCCGAUGAGGGUAGCUAAGACUUUUAUGAUGAAACGAAGAAGCCACCAAAAAAACUUCGUGACCUAAAGCAUAGAAAAAACCAUUUGUAAGCAUUCGGUCUUUGGGUGCCCUUGUGUUGUCCGCCGUUAGGGCGUGCUUGAAAGUAAAUGCAGACGCAGCUGUCGAUGAAUCCCUUUGCGACACUUUCCGUACCCUACUGAUUUUUUUUUUAAAUAUGUUGUAAACUCCGAAGUAAUUCUAUCUGCAAUGGUAACUUACCCAUCCAUAAUUUUUGGAGGUUAUUUAACAUAAGCCUAGAACUGGGAGUGAUUGAAUGAUUUUCAAAAAGACACCUGUUACAUAAUGUAAGCAGGUUUUUUAAGAAAUAUUGGUAUCAGGAAAAAAGUAAUAUGAGCUUGCUGUUUGCUUGAAAACGGUCUCUGAUUCCAAUACACUAUUUCUCGAGCUCCAUGUUUUCCCAGGUCUUAUGGUAUGUGUAUGAACAAAGGCACUCAAGACCAGGUGCAAGAGGGUACUGGAAGCACUUAAAGCCAUAUUAUUCAGCAGUAAAGAAUUGUUUUAGUCUGAAUGGCAGUGUUUUUAUCCUUUUUUCAGCUUGAGAUGUGUGUUUCUGCUGCAAGGAACAGUGACUUUGCAUUGGCCGAUGAUGCUGUGGUGAUAGAUUUGUCAUAUCUGAAUACUGUUACUGUGGAUGUUCAAAGUAAAGUAUGUAUGCAGUUUCAUUUUACAUAAUUUACAUAGUAUAAUUAAUGCAUAUAAAAAUUAUUAUAUUACAAUUUUACUUCUGAUAUUUCGCGCGGUUGCGGGGCCGCGAAAUUCAGGUAAAUCCUCGAAAUCCCGGAAAAUUCACAAAAACACGCAAAAUUCGAUAAAAAAAUCUUAUCAAAUACAUGUCGAUACAACAUAUUUGAAACGUAUUUCGGCUAUUGGGGCUGUUUAAUUGCCGUUACAGUAUGUUGCCCAGUAUCCGGACAGUACCAGUAUCCGGACACUUGAAACAAGAACUCAAUUUUUGAGGGGCCCUUUUCAGUUAUCGGUAAACAAAGUAUUUCGAAUGAAAGCUGAACAUUUCAGCUUUAAGAUGAAAGUUUUGGAGAUUUGAAAGCUUGCGAAACAGUCGCAGAAGACGCCGUUCUGUUCAGGUGAGUAAACUUUUCAUGGCUAAUAUUUACGCUGUUUACCGUGCAGUAAAGUUAGUGCUGCUCAGAAAAGGGAGGGUAAUCAGCGCCGUAGCUAGUAUGAGGCCAACCGAGGCACUCGCCUCGGUAAAAUUUUGACGAAUUUCGCCGAUCAUUUUUAUUUUACACAAGCGAUCAUCGGAUAUUUUUAACGCAUCAUGAUAUUACAAAGAAUUCAGCAAUUCAGUCAAUAUACUAUGAAAAAAUUACCAUAUCAUCGAUCUCAAGGGGCUACGUACGUUAACUCAAAUUUUUUUUGAACAAAUACUGAUCAAAACCAUUGGCGAGGUUAACGGUCACCCAGAUUAUGUAGCUUGUUUCUGAUUAUUGCUUUUUAAAUUCCACUUAAAUUAACUCGAAAAAAAGUUACCGAAAGGCCCAGAAAACGCUGCAAAUCGCAUUUCCGAGAGACUAAAGUUCAAAAUUUCCCGGGGGGGGGGGGGCAUGCCCCCGAACCCCCCUAGCAACUCCCGCCUGCCUCGGUUGGCCGUUUGGUCUGGCUACGGCACUGGUAAUGUGUGAUAUUUUCAAAGAAACUGUUUUAUUUUUAAAGUGAAGAUACUUAAGGAAGUCAGGUUUUCAGAAAGUUUAUUCAUUCUUCUUGAAAUUCGAUUUGUUUGGAAUAACUGAAGCCAGAAACAUUCACUAAGCUUUGAUGUCAUGUGCCCAGUAUCCGGACAGUUUUUUCUUUGCUGUACAGAAUCGAUGAAUUAGUUGUGUACAUUCUCCGGAUAAGAUUUAUUUCAUAUCAGUAACUAUAAUUAAAGCUUAGGAUAUAUGAUAUAGUCGUAAAAUGUAACUCUACUCAACUCCGUACGGAAAUUUUCUUCACUCAUUCAGAGUCGACUUGAUUUCGUGUGCACGGCUUGUUUCGCGUGACUGCAUUUUCUAUUUUUAACUGAAAGCGUCUGAGUUGAACCUAGAAUUCUCAUACUUUCCCCAGUUGGGACUGCUAGAAUGGGGUUGCAAUGGUCUAAAAAAUGUCACAAAGGGAUUGAGAGAUGUGAAAGAAGGAGGAAUUAGUGCUAGAAAAGCAGGCUCGUUGUGGGGACUGAGCAUGAAGAAAUCAACACUGCAGGUCAGACUAAUAGGAGAGUGACCUUUGACCGUCGGGUUGAGAUCCCUUCCCCAAGCUUUUCUUUAAAUAAACAAUGAAGAAAGAAAGUCGUUUGCAGAUUGGCUAAUUGAGCUUGCAAACUGCGGCUUCGGCAUGUCUCCGGAUGCCUUCCUUAAAUCAGUGAAAAAGUUCCUAGACAAAGAAGUGAGAAUUAUACCAUUUUUAAAACAGCCGCUCGCGUUCCCCACCAUACCCCAGUCAUUUGUUAUGUUUUAUUUCACGAUGCCAAGUUAUAUUUUCGGAAUCGAUUGCCAGACUACUUUGCAAGUGCAAGAGAAGCUUAUAAGUCGCUCGCCUGUCGAAAUUUAUGUACAAUUACGUUGUUAUUGUUGUGUCCGGAUACUGGGCCAGCUGUCCGGAUACUGGGCAACAUAGGAGCUCUGCAAAAAUAUUAAUUUCGCGAUGGAAACAAAGGCAAAAAAGUUAAACUAUCUUUCGUCAUAUUAAGGGCUAGAUAGAUUUUCUCUGAGCCAAAUUUCAGAGCUCUUGCGAUUAACAAAGGAAAGUUAUUGCAAUUUUAAACUGAAGUGUCCGGAUACUGGGCAACAUACUGUAACUUGCAAAUUUAUCUUGAAACUUCGUCACCGCAAUGAGUAAACAACGUCUCAAAACUACCAGGCGUAAAUUAUGCUGCAAAAACUGGGCACUAGUCGUGAUGUUAAAAGCUUUGUCAUUGGCUCAUGUCUCGAGCGCCGCAUUGUUGUUGAAAGAGCAAUGAUUAUCUCUGUUUAAAAAACAUUAAAAACGGUCGUCAAUCGGCGCAAAAACCGAUCGAUUUCUAACAAAAUUUGCCCAGUAAAUUUUCCCGAAAUCAGCCGUUUUUUAACCGAUUGUUUUUCGGCAAAGUUUGCCCCGAAUAUCCCCGCGAAAUUCCCGCGAAAUCGACCGAUUUUUCUGCGAAUUUGUCUCUGAAAAUCCCGCAAAAUUUGUCUUUUUUCCGCGACCUAUCAGAAACCCUGUUUUUACUAGGAAAUGAUAUACAGUAAAUUACAUCUAAUGAAAUUCUUAAAAUUGCAUGCAUGUGCAGAAUCAUCUGAAGUCUGACAGUCUGAAAUGUUGACUGUUAAACAAUUUAUUUUAGGUAGUUGUUGUUGGAGCGGGUGCUAAGAUGGCUGAUGUUGAUGAAAAAACAGUUCCUCACUCUCUUGUUACGCCUCUUGGUAGCUACUCCCAGCUGGGCGUGGCAGGACUUACUCUUUUGUGUGGCACUGGGUUCCUGAGCAGGUCAUAUGGGUGUACUGCAGACAAUGCUUUGGAGUUUGGUAAGUAAAAUCUUAUUUAGAUAAUUCACCUGGCUCUCUAGGAUAGUCAGGAUAGAAACAUGAUGAUAAGAAAAGAUGUCCCCUCACUGCACUAAUAGACAAAAUAUCCCUAGAAAAUUAAUGUAAGUUUACUGUCAAACUCAGAAAACCGUGAACACCUGAAAAAUUUCUGGAAUGUUGACUGUGUAGUUACCAAUCACAGUAAAGUUCAGGACACGCGAGCAAACCUCAAAACUGCAAACUUUAUGGUUAAUGUUUGUGGUUUGGUAAUCUAACGCCUUAUUGGCUUUUUCCUCGCAACACGAUAACGUUCCAUAAAUAUUUCUGGUCUUCACGCUUUUGUGUGUUUCACUGUAAAACAGGCAUGUUUUACUAAGUUUGGGUACCAACUGAAGAUUAGCACCCAGUUAGGUAUUCGUAUUGUUUUUAGGCAGAACUCAAAAUUUUCAUUUAAUUCUGUACUUGAGUCUAUGAACAUAAUAGACCUUUCCUGUGCUCGAAAAUACCAUUAAAAAUAUAAUUGAUGUCAUAAAAAUUAAGACCUGGUGGUUGUUGUUCAGCACAAAAGUCAUUUUUCUUAAUUUACGAAUUCUUAGAGUUGGUUACAGCAUCAGGAGAGGUUAUUAAGGCAAGUGAGAAAAACAAUUCAGACUUGUUCUGGGGGAUGAAAGGCUAUGGCUCUAACUUUGGGUAGGUUUUGGAUAAUGUAUGCGUACAAAAUGAAGUGAACUGCACAUUUUUUAUAUCUGUAAGAGCACUGGAACUUCCGCACAGUGGCUUACAAGUACACCCCUCUGCAAUAGCCCAGGAAAAUUGUUCUGGUCGUCAGUCUAUCCAUUUACUAUUUUUGGAGCAUCGCAUAGCAGCCUUUUCUAGACAAUAGCAACAAAAUCUGUGUACUAUUUCAUUGUUGCAAACCAGAAAAUGCUCUCAGAAUAACUUAUGUGGCAGUCAUCCGUCCUUGCUAAAAAAUGCAAUAAGUUGUUCUUUUGCUUCAGUCUAUGAACAUGAUGGUAGAGAAAACUUAAUAACAGUGGAAUAUUUUAACACUAUCACCACCCAGCCCCAGUUGUUCAGUUGCUAUCCACCAGGUUAAUCUCUGUUCCCUGGAUAGCCCAAUUGCUUUCCCCAAUACUUUGUCUUAUUCACUGAGUAUUAAUUUAUCCAGCUUGGAUAAAGCUAUUUAGUUUUUGAGCUGGGGCCAGGUCUAUAUAGAAGUCCGUGGAGAACUUUCAUUGAUGGAUCUCAUUACCCCCCUAUACAGUCGAAGCCUAUGACUGUGACCACCUAUUUGGGUCAUAAAAUUUGGGCCAAAAUAACGCGGCCAUAUUAAAACGGUGGAGUGGAGUCUGGCAGUCCAAGUUCAAGCGUCUUGCCAUUUUGUUGCUUCCGUUUGACAAGAAACCUUGCUCCACUUUGUCACUCUUCACUCAGGUGUAUUAAUGGGUACUCAUGACAUACUGCUGGCAGGUGACCCUGCAAUGGACUAGUAUCCCAUCAGGGUGGGGGGGGGGGGGUGGCAAUACUCUAAAUGCUUCAUGCUAGUACGGAAAUUGGCCAUGUAGGCUUCACUGACUUGUGUGUACCUUUAUCUUUUAUGUUAACAGCGUGAUAAGCGGGGUCCCCGCAUACUUCCUAACGGUGACCACCGGCUAGCAUGGCUGUUAUAUAGUCAUUUCGCUCUAAGGAAAUCGUAAACCCCUCAGGACCCAACAUAAAAUAUCGGACUAAACGUUUGUGCCUUUUGUUUCCCAUUAGAGUAGUGACAUCCAUAACAUUUCAGCUCCAUGAUAUUCCUGACCAAGUCAUGGCAGGGGACCUGUAUUACUCCAUUUCUCAAGCUCCAGGGGCAUUCAAAGAUACAAGAGACUUCAUUCGUGAAAAGGAAGAUAACAGAAUUUCAGUCUACAUGAUGGUGCAUUUUAAGUCUAGUGGGUAAGAACGUAUUCAUGUCAGUUGUUAUCCGUGCACACCCCUUUAUUGUUUCUCCAUGUACAGUUCCUCCUUCUUAACUUCCAGGCACCCGCUCUCCACCUAAUGAAAAGAGAUGCUUCAUUAUCCUGCUUAACCUAAAAGCUGAACCUAAAACCUAUUAAUUAAUAACAACUGAUGACCAAUUAGAAAUUUUGUAUUUCAGGUGAACAAACCCGCCAACCCUUUUCCUUCCCUGUCAAAAAUCUGAUCCCUGCCCUUAAGGUUAACCAUACUGGAUGCAACUUGAUAAGCAGGGAGAGUAAAUUCUAAUACUUUCCUUGCUCAUCAUUCGUGAGCGAGGCGAAAGCAUUGAGCUUGACCUCCUGCUCUACAGACAAGUUCUCUACUUACUAAGCUAGCCAUUACCUCUUCUCUUACUUUGCAGACCUCAAGUGAUCUGCCGUUUCCUUUUUAUUGGCCCGCCAAGAGAAGGUGGAGAAAUUCUAAUGGAGUUAACAAAUCGGACGAAACCUAUUGAUAACAAAGUGAAGCCCAUGCCAUUUGAUCAGUUCCAGAAGAGUGGUGACUGGAUGGUUCCCAGAGGGCGGUUUUACUAUACACCAAUGGGAGCAUUUGCUAAAGGUAUGACUGAAGGCAAUGUUUUCAUCUGUUUUUUUUUUAUUAAUUGUUUAAUUUUUGGUACGCUAAACUUCAAAAAAUGUGAUUUUUUUAGAGUAUUAUACAAGCUUUAAGUAUAGGUUGUGAUACCAAUGUAGAGUGUGUUUAAGAAAUUUCUGUUUACUUUUUAAAGUCUUUUUAAAGUCUUAAAGGACAUCCGAAUGAGGACUUACCUUCCCAAAAAGACAGAAAAUGUAGGGCAUCGAAUUGGCGUUGGAGAUAUCAAGAAACUGCAUCAAAAAUACCCAACGAUUUAAAAAUGUCUUUAUUGCCGAACAUGGCCUUUGCAUUGAAGACGAAUAAUACAUUUCUUUUGUUUCAUUCUCCCAAGCCUCGUAGCUAAGUAUUAAUUUUAAUAUAUUGAAAUUGGUCUAUCUGUAGGGUGGGCCUAUGAUGGCGCUGGGCUUAAGGCCCUGCGCCCUGUUAAUCACGCAUACGCCACAAUCAGCGCGAGCCAAUCCAAGUGCUCGCCCCACUUCCCCUCUCCACCGGCCUUCCCUCUUCCUAGGAAAGGCCGAUGCUGCCGGCAGCCUGAAACCUCUCAAGCGUCCUCAGCUGAGAUGUAAACUCCCAACAAAACAAAGUUUACUUAAAUUUUCUGGAUGGUUGUUAGCUGGCUUUCCUUGUUAGCCUGUUUCUAGAAUCCCCCCUGCAUUGUUAACAAAGUUUCUGAUUUUUCUAAACAGAACUUAAAGAUGAGUUAAUUGAUAUGAUCUUCGACGAAGUCAACAACGCCCCCGAAUCACAAACGAUAACACCUAGCAACAUUUAUGUAUCAAGCCUUGGAGGAAAACUAAAUGAAACGACAGACAAUGACAACCCAUUCGCUUUUAAAGCAGCAGGGUAUGCAGUUAUAUUCUUAUCUGUGAAGUCAUUUCCAUGAAAUACUAAUCACUCGCUUCUUUUCCAUACCCUCUAGUUUUCGCGUUCAAUUCCGCGACAUUUUCGGAAUUAUUCGGAACACUCUUGGACAUAGGACUAACGUAUAGGUCGAUCGCGGUCCGAAUACUUUGAGUCAUCUGAGAAUGCCUUCGGGUCAACUUUAGUCUCCCUCGCAGCCGUUUUUAGUAUCGUCACGCAACGCUCCUCCCCGAGCGUUGCGUGACGAUACUAAAAACGGCUGCGAGGGAGACUAGGUCAACUUCGGAAAUAUUUUAAAAUUAGAGGAAUUCUGCGACUCCGAGUCAAAGUUUUUGGAAAUCUUCUGAUCUUCUUAGGGAAGGCUUGCAAGUCUUUUUUUUUUCUUGUCAGAUACUGGAUUGGUCCCGUAGUUGGUACGCAGGAUCCAAACUCGUAUGACGUCAUAAAGACAUGGGCCGACAACAUCAAUCAGAAACUGUCCAAAUAUGGAAUCUUCCAACAAGGCCCCGAGGCUGAAAAAGUUAUGCAGAGACUGAAAGAGUUGAAACUAAAGUACGAUCCUCAAAAUGUCUUCCACCAGAACGUGAAUAUUGAUCCUAAAAAGGAAUAG